AGCGAGCUCGUCACCGAGGAAUACCGAGCCGCCGGCUAACACGAUGCAAGACUCUUCCAGCAAAUACAGAGGAAGAAACUCAAAGAGAUCCCUCCCGACGUAACUCGACGAGGACUAACAAGACGAGCGCUUUUCAUCAUCAGCCAGAGAGAAGACAAACAAAAAAGUUGCAGGGGUCUGACUGGAACAAAAAUAUUCCGCAACUAUGUCGGUAAUAAGCAGGGUAUAAGUUUAGCAGCAUGGUGUAUAUAUAUUUUUUAAUGGAAUUUUGUCAGAAACUCAGAAGGAAUUUCUUUCAACAUAACAUUUCACAAGUUUUCCCCGAGCACAAGGGCAUCGUGACCCACUGAAGUUGUUGACAGAAUGAGUUUAACGGACCCAAACAUGCAAUCAGGUCACUUUGCACUCUAACCACAAACAGAAAAAAAAUAUAGCGUUUGAUUACAAGUUUGAAGCCUCCUGUGAUGCUAACACAGCAAGAGUUGAAAACGUCUCUAAGGUCAAGAUAUUUUCUGACCUCCGUAAUCUUUGAACAUAAAUCGCCCCAAACACCUGAAAAGUGAUUAUCCAACUGCUCAAAAUAUGCAGCUAGCGCUAGUACAUGCUAUUUGGACAAUAUCAACUCGGGUGAGGAUUCCAGCAACCCCCCCCCCCCCCUAAUCUCAUUUAUUAUUAAUAAAAGCCCUUCUUUAAAUAUCGCCUCCCACCGCUUUUGUCACUUCACUGUUAAUUAUUCAUCGGUGGAGUCACACUUCAGGCCACAGCCAGGGACCUGUUGGCACGAUUAGACGGUUUUGAAUCUCAAGCACAGUUUUUGAAAUCCUCAAGUAUUUUAAGAUUCAUUUUGGCACCCAAAAAGUCGAAACAUUUUUCCCCAGCUGACACCUGAACCACAAUUUCGAGCUCGGUUCACUGUUGCCACGCACUGCGUCCUCAUUCCACGUUUCCAUCGAGUUUGAAAGCUGAGCGCUGUAUCUUAGCAACCACCUCAGCACCUGAAAAUGAAGGUUGCAGCACCUUCUUAGUGUUUGCAUGAGUGUGCGUGGGGGCGAGUGAAAAGACACAGGUGGGGAAAAAAAAGAAAAAGUAGAGCGAUGGUUUCAAAAGUCACCUCAGGAUGGAAAGAAAUUGCAGCAGAAACGACCGUCGGGCCGGAACAGAUAUGAAUUUUUCAUCGGAAAGUUACUGCUUAGCUCUCUUUUGUGAAGAUUUAGAAAACAUCAUUUAAUAUUCAUAUGAGUCUGCUGCGCCUUCCAUAGAAAAAUUUCAAAGAUUGUUUAAAAUACACCAGCAGGGGACGUAAAACAAAAACAAAUAAAGCAUCACAGCAACAGUCCUGAUGGAGUCUCUGCCAAUUCUGAAAGUUCAAACUAGUGUAUUGAGUAAGACCGCGUUAACCUGGCACUCUGUCCAGUCUGGCACAAUCCAAACAAAUAGCUAAAGACUAACCCGCAGCUGAUACCGAAUAUUCCUUUUCAACUUCAGCAACGUGGGGGGAAGCUCAAUCAAAGAAAAAGAUGAUGUGGAGAAUGCGUCGUCGCUCCAGGGCGAUCUGUCUUUCCUUGGCACUCGUCUCCAUUUUCUUUCACCUCCUCCUGGCUUUUGUCUCGCUUUCCAUGUACCGGCAAGCCUGUGACCCCCCGAUACCGACCAGCAUGACCUUCUCAAAACACCUGGCAAACAAAAGCUUCACGGCCGUCGCAGUUUUAACUGAGUCACCUCUUAAGAGAGAUUCUCCAGGUGUCAAGGGUCGUGGAGGAGCACCUCUGGACAAAUUCCAAAGUAGAAGGAUUGGACUGAUAAAAGCGUCUUUUGUUGAUCCUCUUGGGUCCAGUCUGGCGAAGCUUCAGGCGCUGUUUGAACACCCUCUUUACAAAGCGCCCAUGUCAGCCAUUCAACAAGACGAUAUGUUGUUGAGGGUUCUACCAAAGAUGAAGUCUGAGAGGAGCUCCCAGAUGUGGGUGAGUGCGAGCCAGGAAGGUUACGAAAACGUCCGCUGGAACACCAGCGGCGACAGCCAUCCCCCCUGGCUACGCUUUCACCUGACCAUCUCCCGCUGGCAGCUCUACCCCCAUCCGGACCCCAACAUGGAGUCUGUGAUCCAACAACUCGCCACACACCGCAUCGUGAGCGCAGUGCAGAAAAGCGGCGGUACACAGCUGAAGCUGGUGAUGUCAUUUCCAAAUUAUGGCCAGGCCAUGUUCAAACCCAUGAAGCAGGACAGAAAUGAUGAAACUAACUACAACCUCUACUACUUCUCCGACUUUGAGCGACAUAAUGCAGAAAUUGCCGCCUUUCACCUGGACAGGAUUCUGGGCUAUCGGAGGGUGCCCCCAGUGGUUGGGAGGAAGGUGGAUGUGGUCAAAGAGAUUAAAGACAUCACGACGGAUCACAAACUGGCCCGGACGUUUUUCAACUCCCCCGUGGGCAAUGUGUGCUUCUACGGUCGGUGCUCCUACUACUGCUCCACAGAGCACGCAGUGUGCGGCCGACCUACGGCCCUGGAGGCCUCGUUGGCCCUCAUGCUGCCCGAUCUCUCCCUGGCUACCCGGAGGAGCUGGCGAUCACCCUGGAGACGCUCUUACAGCCGCAGCAAACUGGCAAAAUGGGAGACGGAACCAGAUUACUGCACAACCAUCAAGAAGACGGCGCCCUAUGACAAAGGCACAAGGCUGGUGGACUUCAUUGACAUGGUCAUACUGGACUUCCUGAUGAGCAACAUGGACAGACACCACUACGAAACAUUUGAGAAGUUCGGCAAUGACACCUUCCUGUUACACCUUGACAACGGCCGGGCAUUCGGGCGCCACUCCAAAGACGAGCCGUCCAUCUUGGUGCCAUUGGAGCAGUGUUGCAGAAUCCGCCGUUCCACCUGGCUACGGCUGCGCCUCCUGUCUCUGCCGCAGUAUCGCCUCAGCGAUGUCAUGCGGGCCUCGCUUUCCCACGAUCCCCUGCACGGCGUGGCCCCGCUGCUGACGGAGCCCCACCUUUCGGCCCUCGAUCGUCGCUUGAAAACCAUAACGGAUGCCGUAAGUCGUUGCCUGGAGAAGCAAAGUGAGGGCGGGGUCGACGAGGUCAUAUACGACGACGUCGGCCAACUGGAGGUUAUGUGAAGUCUUGCUGCGGUGCGUUUUAAGCGAUUGAAAAUGAAUGGACUGUUUGAGGGGCCCCCAAAGGCUCCUGGAUGGGGUCUUCUGCGGUGUAAAGUAGCUUUGAAGCCUCCAUGUUGCUCUUCCAGCUCUGUCACCGCCAUUUUAAUGUGUACAAU